GGUGAGACAUGGGAAGUAGCAUUCCAACGGUUGUGAGUCAGCUAAUUAGCAAAGAGGCUAAGUAUAUUUUAAGUGUUUUCGGAUUGUUUUCUAUUAUUGUAAAGUGGUUGAGAUGUCGUUAAGGAGCUCAGGGACAACAUGUGCUGUUCGGGGUUGUACAAAUAACCGCACAAAAUUAAGUCAGUGGCUUAAACGUGAGUGUUAUGAACACAAGCCAAAAACUAAAGCCGAGUGUCCAUGCCAACGGUGGUACAGUUUUCAUUGCCUUUCACAAAAAGAUGAACCAAAACGAACAUGGCUUAAGAACCUAAACCUAAAAGAGUGCUCGUUUCACUUCGUUGACAAGAAGCCAACACAGGAUAACCCGUACCCAACGCUUUUUCUCGGUUACGAGAAGCCACCGGAGAAGAGACGCCGACCCAGGACUCGACAUGUCACAGAUGAGCCUGAUGUGAUGGAGGUUUCUGGGGAGCCAGGCCCUACUUCACAGACUUUGCAGGAUGCCCAAACACAGUGGUCAGACCCAGCAAUGGAGGACCACAUCUACUCCAAAGGACCUACUAUCACAUGUGGUGUGACAACUGCCCAGUCUUCUGAUUCGCUACCUGUUGCAGAGUUAACAUUGAAAGAUGAUACAGACUGUUUGCUGUACACAGGGAUUCCGCUACUUGAAUUUAAAACACUUGUGUCUUGCUUGCAACAUUUUGCCCCCAAAUCAUCAACAUUGCCAGCAGAGGACCAAAUCCUGUUGACAUUGAUGAAGUUUAGACAGAACUUUGUUAUUGCGGAUUUAGCAAAACGCUUCAAAAUGUCACCUGGUCAAGUCAGUAAAACACUGAAAUUCUGGAUAGAUGUGAUUGCUGAGCACACCCAGGAUCUCAUUCCAUGGCUGCCUCGUGAAACAAUAAAGGCCACUUUGCCAAAGGCUUUUAUGGACAGUUUUCCAAACACAACAUGCAUAAUUGACUGCACAGAAAGUGUCCUUCAGAAGGCUAAAAAUCUAGACUCACGAACUGAAUCUUACAGUCACUACUAUGCUAGCAAUACUGUCAAGUAUCUAGUAGCAACUGCUCCAUCUGGAAUUUUUAUGUACAUUUCAGAAGCUUAUGGUGGCAAAUGUGAUAGAUUUAUCACACAGAACUCUGGGUUUCUCGACCAUCUGCGUGCUGGAGAUGAGGUGAUGGGGGACCGUGGCUUCACCAUCAGGGAUUUGCUGGAAGAACGGAAUGUUCGUUUGAUCAUGCCAGCUUUUACGCGUAAGAAAAGCCAGCUGACAAAUGAGCAGGUCACUCGCACAAGGCGCAUUGCUAAUGUCCGCAUACACAUUGAGCAAACUAUCAGGCGUCUUAAGGUGUACAAGAUCCUCUCACAAACUGUGCCUAUUCAUUUUGUCACUAAAAUUGACAAAAUACUGAAGAUCUGUGCAGCACUUGUAAAUCUGCGAGGGGAGCUUAUUUCAAGCAAAUAGACACAAUAACAAUAAUUAAGCUAUGAAUUAUAAUCAGUGAAUCUAGCCGCUACUAUGAGAUAUGAGUGUUUUAUGGUUUGUUUGUUGAAAAAACACUUUUUUCGUCAGUACACUGCUAAUGUGUAAUAACCACUUACUGAAAACGGUCUUGUAUUUUACGAAGAUAGUUCACCAAAACGUAUUUCUGAAAACAUUUUAAGAGAGAAAUAGGCCAUGC